AUGGCGGACAGGUUUCCCCCCUUUCCCCCUAUAGUAGCACCUUUCAGGGUUCCCCUCCCUUCCCCCUCCUUCCCUCGUUUCAGCAGCGUUGUUCAGGGUUCCCGCCCAUUUCCCCCUCCCUCCAUCCUUUCAACAGCAACGUUCAUGGUUUCCCCCCCUUCCCUCUCCUUCCGUCCUUUCAGCAGCAUCUUUCAGAGUUGUCCCCCCUUCUUCCCCCCUCCCUCUUUUCUUCCCCCCUUCUUCCCCCCUCCCUCUUUUCUUCCCCCCUUCUUCCCCCCUCCCUCUUUUCUUCCCCCCUUCUUCCCCCCUUCCCCCUCCUUCCGUCCUUUCAGCAGCAUCUUUCAGAGUUUCCCCCCCUUCUUCCCCCCUCCCCCCUUUCAGCAGCAUCUUUCAGGGUUUCCCCGCCUCCACCCUCCUUGCUUUCCGCCGCAUCUUCCAAUCACGCUGGCGAGAUGUGGUUCCGCUCUGUUCUAUUCCUUCUCCCUUCCUCUGCCCCCCCCCCCGCCCCCCCCUCCUCCCCCCCUUCCUCCUCUCCCCAUCCCCUUGCUGCUCCUUGCCCCCUCUUCCCACCUCACACUCCUCAUUUCCUCUUUGCUCACCCCGUUUCCCCCCUGCGUUCCAUCACACGUUCCGGUAGCAGCAGUGGUGGAAGGAAGCAAGAAUGUGACAAGCAAGUUCACUUGGUCACAGAACAGGCUGAAAUCAUCUCGCCGAUGA